UUUCAGCGAACACACAUGCGAAGAUCAGCGAAGAACACAUUUCUACCAAAGUGACAUUGAUUUAUAUCUUGUAAAGCUUCUGAAGGAGACUCAUUCACCAUGGGUAGACGUCGUGCUAAGAAGAAGCCUCCCCAGAAGAAGAAGAUGCUUGGAACACUGGAGACUCAAUUCACAUGCCCAUUCUGUAACCAUGAAAAAUCCUGUGAUGUUAAAAUGGAUCGAACUCGGAACGUUGGAGUGAUAUCGUGUCGUGUUUGUUUAGAAGAUUUCCAGACAAGUAUUACCUACCUAUCUGAACCUGUGGAUGUAUACAGCGACUGGAUAGAUGCAUGUGAACAAGCGAAUGCCUAGCGAACGUGACGUCACCCCCAACCCCUCCCCACGGCCGUACCUCACAUACUCGUACCUCAGUUCCCCCGGCCCAUAUUGUGGACACUUUCUAACAUGUCUCUGAUCGUACAUGUACCUGAUUUUCUUACAAUUGGGAAAGUGUAAAUCUUCACAAUCUACCGUGCAAAUACAUAGCGGACAUACUUGUGAACCCAUAUAUUCAUGAGAGAAUGGGCCUACUUUAAUUUGUGGACUGAACAUCAAUUUAAUUAAAAAGUUUGAUCAAGUUAUAAUGUGGAAUGGCUUAUUCACAGGGUAAGAAAUGGAAAUGUCAAAGGUGAAUUAGAACUCCUGGGGAUGCAAUCUAAAGCCAUGAAAAAUAAAGUUUUU